GAUAAAAUUUCCUCGAAGACUUCCGCAUGCGCACCACCUACUUCCUUUCCUCUUUACGGCACCAAGAUGGUGAAUGUGCCUAAGACCCGCAGAACCUUCUGCAAGGGCAAGAAAUGCAAAAAGCACACCUUGCACAAAGUGACACAAUACAAGAAGGGCAGAGAUUCUGUCCACGUCCAAGGUAAAAGAAGAUACGACAGGAAACAGAGUGGUUAUGGUGGUCAAACGAAGCCUAUUUUCCACAAAAAGGCAAAAACUACAAAGAAGGUUGUACUGCGUAUGGAGUGCACAGACUGCAGAUAUAAGAAACAAAUCUCAAUUAAGAGAUGUAAACACUUUGAACUUGGAGGAGACAGGAAGAAGAAGGGCCAGAUGGUGCAGUUCUAAAUUCAUGUCGAUUCCUGUAUUUAAGACCAUCUUUGUAUAUUAAAGUGAAAAAAUAUUGAACAUGAA